GCCUCUCCCCCGCGGCAGUCCGGUGCGAGGCCCCCUCCGGAAGGUGAGGGGAAUGGAUUGGACUCCGGUGGGGAAAGCGGGUGUCUAGAAGUGGUGCUAAUGGGAAGAGAUUUCUGGUUUCAAAAGAGGAUGCUCUGCCACAAAGAGCGGCUCGCGCGCUGGCCUGGGCUCUAGCCGAGGAGAGAUCCCGGGAGAACUCCGGAGCUCGCGGGGAGCGCUCCUCGGAAGACCGGGGUCAACAUGCCUGUUCGCAGGGGGCAUGUGGCACCACAAAACACAUUUUUGGGGACAAUCAUACGGAAAUUUGAAGGGCAAAAUAAAAAAUUUAUCAUUGCAAAUGCCAGAGUGCAGAACUGUGCCAUCAUCUACUGCAAUGAUGGGUUCUGCGAGAUGACUGGUUUCUCCAGGCCAGAUGUCAUGCAAAAGCCAUGCACCUGCGACUUCCUCCAUGGGCCCGAGACCAAGAGGCAUGAUAUUGCCCAAAUUGCCCAGGCGUUGCUGGGGUCAGAGGAGAGGAAAGUGGAGGUCACCUACUAUCACAAAAAUGGUUCUACUUUCAUUUGUAACACUCACAUAAUUCCAGUGAAAAACCAGGAGGGCGUGGCUAUGAUGUUCAUCAUUAAUUUUGAAUAUGUGACAGAUGAAGAAAAUUCUGCUUCCCCAGAGAGGCUAAAUACAAUAUUACCAGUCAAAACUGUAAACCGGAAACUUUUUGGGUUCAAGUUCCCUGGUCUGAGAGUUCUCACUUACAGAAAGCAAUCUUUACCACAAGAAGAUCCCGAUGUGGUAGUGAUCGAUUCAUCUAAGCACAGCGAUGAUUCCGUAGCCAUGAAGCACUUUAAGUCUCCUACUAAAGAAAGCUGCAGCCCCUCAGAAGCAGAUGAUACAAAAGCCUUGAUACAGCCCAGCAAGUGUUCCCCCUUGGUGAAUAUAUCCGGACCUCUUGACCAUUCCUCUCCCAAAAGGCAAUGGGACCGACUCUAUCCUGACAUGCUGCAGUCAAGCUCCCAGCUGACUCAUUCCAGAUCAAAGGAAAGCAUUUGUAGUAUACGGAGGGCUUCAUCGGUUCAGGAUAUAGAAGGAUUCAGUGUCCACCCCAAGAACAUAUUUAGAGACCGACAUGCCAGUGAAGACAAUGGUCGCAGUAUUAAAGGGCCUUUUAAUCAUAUCAAGUCAAGCCUCCUGGGAUCCACGUCGGAUUCAAACCUCAACAAAUACAGCACCAUUAACAAGAUUCCACAGCUCACUCUGAAUUUUUCAGAUGUCAAAACUGAAAAAAAGAACACAUCCCCUCCUUCUUCAGAUAAAACCAUUAUUGCACCCAAAGUUAAAGAUCGAACACACAAUGUGACAGAGAAAGUUACCCAGGUUCUCUCGUUAGGAGCAGACGUCCUACCAGAAUAUAAACUGCAAACACCACGCAUCAACAAGUUUACAAUAUUGCACUACAGUCCUUUCAAGGCCGUCUGGGAUUGGCUUAUUCUGCUGUUGGUCAUAUACACAGCUAUAUUCACUCCCUACUCUGCAGCCUUUCUCCUCAAUGACAGAGAAGAACAGAAAAGACGAGAAUGUGGCUAUUCCUGCAGCCCUUUGAAUGUGGUAGACUUGAUUGUGGAUAUUAUGUUUAUCAUAGAUAUUCUAAUAAACUUCAGAACAACAUAUGUAAAUCAAAAUGAAGAAGUGGUAAGUGAUCCAGCCAAAAUAGCAAUACACUACUUCAAAGGCUGGUUCCUGAUUGACAUGGUUGCAGCAAUUCCUUUUGACUUGCUGAUUUUUGGAUCUGGUUCUGAUGAGACAACAACAUUAAUUGGUCUUUUGAAGACAGCUCGACUCCUUCGUCUUGUGAGAGUGGCCCGAAAACUUGAUCGAUAUUCAGAAUAUGGGGCUGCUGUUCUAAUGCUCUUAAUGUGCAUAUUUGCCCUGAUUGCUCACUGGCUGGCUUGCAUUUGGUAUGCGAUUGGGAACGUAGAAAGACCCUACCUGACUGACAAAAUCGGAUGGUUGGAUUCCUUAGGACAACAAAUUGGGAAACGUUACAAUGACAGUGACUCAAGUUCUGGGCCAUCCAUUAAAGACAAAUAUGUCACAGCACUUUAUUUUACCUUCAGCAGUUUAACGAGUGUAGGAUUUGGGAAUGUGUCGCCUAACACCAAUUCGGAGAAAAUCUUUUCAAUUUGUGUCAUGUUGAUUGGCUCACUAAUGUAUGCAAGCAUUUUUGGGAACGUAUCAGCAAUUAUCCAAAGACUAUACUCCGGAACUGCCAGGUACCACAUGCAGAUGCUGCGAGUAAAAGAGUUCAUUCGCUUUCACCAAAUCCCCAACCCUCUGAGGCAACGGCUUGAAGAAUAUUUCCAGCAUGCAUGGACUUACACCAAUGGCAUUGACAUGAACAUGGUCCUAAAGGGUUUCCCAGAAUGUUUACAGGCUGACAUUUGUCUACAUCUCAACCAGACUUUGCUGCAAAACUGCAAAGCCUUUCGAGGGGCAAGUAAAGGUUGCCUUAGAGCUUUGGCAAUGAAGUUCAAGACCACCCAUGCACCUCCGGGAGAUACGCUGGUUCACUGUGGGGACGUCCUCACUGCACUUUAUUUCUUAUCCAGAGGCUCCAUUGAAAUCCUCAAAGAUGACAUUGUGGUAGCUAUUCUGGGAAAAAAUGAUAUAUUUGGAGAAAUGGUUCAUCUUUAUGCCAAACCUGGAAAGUCUAACGCAGAUGUAAGAGCUCUCACGUACUGUGACUUGCAUAAGAUCCAGAGAGAAGACUUGCUAGAGGUUUUGGAUAUGUAUCCUGAGUUUUCUGAUCACUUUCUCACAAACCUAGAAUUGACUUUCAACCUACGGCAUGAAAGUGCAAAGGCUGAUCUCUUAUUACAAUCCCAGUCCAUGAAUGAUUCUGAAGGAGACAACUGUAAACUACGAAGAAGGAGAUUGUCAUUUGAUAGUGAAGGAGAGAAAGAUUUUGGCAAAGGAAGCACUACAAAUGAUCCUGAAGACUCUGUAGAUACCAUAAGACAUUAUCAGAGGUCCAAGAAACACUUUGAAGAGAAAAAAAGCAGAUCUUCAUCUUUCAUCUCCUCCAUUGACGAUGAACAAAAGCCUCUCUUCUCAGGAAUUGUAGAUUCUCCUCCAGGAAUAGGGAAAGUAACUGGACUUGAUCUUGAAGAAACAGUACCCACCUCAGGAAGAAUUCCCAUAGAUAAAAGAAGUCACUCUUGCAAAGAUAUCGCUGACACCAGAAGCUGGGAAAGAGAAACUGCCGGAACUCAGGCUGAUGAGUCUAGUCCCUCAGCGCUUCCGCGAGCUGCCUGGGGGAUCUCUGAAACGGAAAGUGACCUCGCCUAUGGAGAAGUGGAGCAAAGAUUAGAUCUGCUCCAAGAACAGCUUAACAGACUUGAAUCCCAAAUGACUGCAGACGUCCAGACCAUCUUACAGCUGCUGCAGAAACAAACCACUGUGGUCCCCCCAGCCUACAGUAUGGUAACUACAGGAGCAGAGUAUCAGAGACCUGUCAUCCACCUGACGAGAACCAGUCAUCCGGUAGCAUCCAUCAAGACGGAUCGAAGUUUCAGUCCUUCCUCACAAUGUCCUGAAUUUCUAGACCUUGAAAAGUCUAAACUUAAAUCCAAAGAAUCCCUCUCAAGUGGGGUGCAUCUGAACACAGCUUCGGAAGACAACUUGACUUCACUUUUAAAACAAGACAGUGAUCUCUCUUUAGAGCUUCACCCCCCGAGGCAAAGGAAGACUUGCCUUCAUCCAAUUAGGCAUCCUUCUUUGACAGAUUCAUCCCUAAGCACUGUAGGAAUCUUGGGUCUUCAUAGGCAUGUUUCUGAUCCUGGUCUUCCAGGGAAAUAAUCAUUUUGUACUAUUUCUUCCACAUACAAUGUAAGUGCUUUUAAUGGCUGAUUUCCUUUUUUGUAUUUAAAUCCUCUCUACUUGACUCAGGGGCUCACAAGUUACCAUUAUAUGCAAAAGUACUGUAUAUUUUCCUAAAUUGAAGCUUGUAAGGUAAAAUUGAGCAGUUAGGAUGUAAAUAUAUAUAUGAACUCUUUUGUUCCAAAUGUUAAAACUGCCAGCAUCUCAAGGCACCUUAUUUUUUAUUUUUAUUUUUUAAAUCAUGUGCAUGUUAGGAAACUCCAAUUUCUCUUGCAUGGAGACUCCUAUUUACUGCUUUUACUAAACCCAUACUUUGUUAUGAAAAUGCCUUCCAAGCAAAUAAGAAAGCAAAGGAUAAAAUUGUUCAUGGAUGCAACUCAGAUGAUCCUCAACUCAUGGAAGUUCAAGGGGGAGAUAGGGAAACUUGUCACUUUUGAGGACAGAUACCCUUCUGGAUUGAGAUGUUUAUAGUGAAUUACAUUCAUUCCUGCACGCUAAUAUAUAUAUAUAUAUAUAUAUAUAUAUAUAUAUAUAUAUAUAUAUAUACACACAGUUUUAGAGUUAUAAAUCUCUGACAGUAGAGGAAACCAUCUCCAAAUACAUGAAUAUAGGCCAGCUUUAAUGAGGACAAAAAGGCCUUUCUAUUUAAAAUUCUGUCUCUAACUGCAUUCACAAACUCCCUAAAAUAUUUUCCACUGGCAAGUUUCCUUGAAUGCUCAGAAACAAGUUUCUCUAAUUUUUCUCUUUC